GCAAGACUCGCCAUUUUAAUCAAAGAAAAGAGAAUGAACAAUGAUCGCCUUGAAUUUCUAUACGUCUAUUGAUGAAAUCGCAACAUCUUUCUGAUGAUGCAUCCACAAUUUUCGCAUGUCUAAGGACAUCUGGAACGCACCUUAAGCCACCUUGCAGACAACCCUCUUACGCACUUGACACGAUCACUUGCACGCAACCUUCUUACGCACAGCCUCAUUCAAUCUCUCACGCUCUCUCCCUCUCUUUCACACACCGCUUCCAACCGAUCCCUGACCUGGGACAAUGCGAGUGAAACGCACGCGCCAUCUUCCCUCACUUCCCUCCACCCCACCGAUCCCACCCCACUGAACCACUUCCCCGUCCCCACCCCGUCAAAAAACGGACCACUUCAUUGAGCCAAAUUCUCUCAAUGAAUUUUGAUUGUACCUAUUUUCGGAAGCCCAGAACACUUUGGGUGCGCUUCCAUAUCUCCAACGGCGCUCGAUUGCGUUUUAAUGGAAGAUCGAUGAUCGAACGAGAACUGCCACUGUUUUAACUUCAGGCGACUCGUCAGGCUGCUGCUGGCCAGUGUCAAGUGUAGCGUGCAGUGUGAUCCAAUUGGGCACACACUCGGGAGGACACACUUGCUCGAUCGCCCUUUCCUUUUGCUCUCGCACCGUAGCCUAGCGACCGUGACAGUAGCGAUGCUGCGGCUGCUGCUGCUGCUGCUGCUACUGCAUAGCUACCACACAGUAGGCGCCAUUUGUCAAACACAGUUAAUUAAAUCAGCGCGAAUUUCAAUUGAUCGAAUGUUUCGUUUGUUUUCGUUUCGCGCCGGACCGUUGCCGGCUUUCCAAGCACUGUCCGCGGUGCCUGUGCUGGUCGUCGUGAGAGUACACCGAGAUGUCACACGAUCACGCUGACACGAUCAGGAAAACCGGGUCUGAUGCCAGUGUGUAUGUGUGUGUCCGAGGGGGAAACGAGAGCAAUCCGUGGGGUGGUUAGAAGAUGAAACCGGCGGGUUGAACGAUAAUUUUUCGCAACAAAUUUUAGCGUCGCAACGGUAUGCGUCGCGACACUUGUGCUCGAUCGAUCGUGGCGUGCGGUACUGCGCAGUCCUCGAUCUCUCCCGGUCAAGAACUCGUGCGCUAACGAACGAACACCAACAAAAAAAAAAAACAAAAACCCCACCCAAGGCUUCGCUUUCGCUCACGAUGGUAUCGGCGGUCGAGCAUAUCUGCACACUGUUGCUGCUGCUGGUGGCAUCCGUUUCCCUCCGGCUGGAUAGCGUCGGUGGUGCACCAAUGAGAGCCGGAGCUGGUGAGGGAGGUGGAGGUGCGGAAGGGUGUCCACGGAGCGGGACGGAGGUGCGGGAGUGUGUCAGCACAUCGAUCCAGCAGUUUGUCAACUACAUGUCCAGUGGAAAGAUCUCGCCGAAGCACACGAUCACACCGUUCGAUCCGUUGUAUCUGCCCAACAUGACCAUCUUCCAGGAACGGCAGGUUAGGGCCGUGUACGUGAACCGAUAUCUAGUCGGGCUGAAGAACGCAUUCGUCCAAGAUGUGAGAAUGGAUAUAGAUAAGCUAGAAUUUAACGUGACGACCCUGCUGCCGGCCCUGGAGAUGUUGGGUCUCUUCUCCACGGAAACCUUCCAAGAUCAUCAAGUGACGGAGAACUCUAUUCUAACCUUCUCCAUUCGUAACACAAUAGUAGACUUCGUGGCCAAAGGCACACUGUACAGCAUGACGGAUGCGAGCGGCACGUCCAGCAACAAGCAUCUGCGGCUCCAGUUCGGCAUCAACCAGAUGUCGAUCGGCAGCUACGUGCUGAGCGAACAUCUAGACAGCGUACGUCACCUCGGCCCGGACCGGGGCAGAUCGGUUGCACCCGCCAAAUUUAUGCGCCUGAUCGAGAAGGACCUUCGGAUGCAGUUGGCGAAACGAUUACAGUACAUCGCGAACGAGGCGCUAGCGUUGACACCGUUCGUCAAACUCUUCCCCGUCUGAUUUUGCUGGUGAUAUAGUGAUGACAUCGAUCAGAAACUGGGCGAUCUCUAUCGGCUCGUUGGACAUUGUUUUGGUGAGCGCGUGAAUGAAAGAACGCGAACCUCCUGGCAGGGAGCAGGAACGGCACGGCCCGUCGCCGCGUUCGACAUCAAUUAUGACACAAAGACCGAAGGAGGCGCAAGCGCGAAACGGCCCGCCGGCCAAACGAUUGUGGG